AUGACAUUUGUCUCUCUCUGUGCUCUAAUGAUUCUGAUAUAUCUCCUGGAUGGUCCACUCUUGGCUGAGAACCAUGUCAAAUGUGGAACUCGGUGGGAGGUCAAGAAGUCUUUCCAAGGCGAACCCCAGCCAAGCCCCUGGCCUUGGCAAGUCAGCAUUGAGAUGGCGGUGGAGAACAGGCACUUUUGUGGUGGAGCUAUCAUCAAUGAGUUCUGGAUCAUCACUGCUGCUCACUGCUUUAUGCCGCCCAUAUCACAAAGCUUGGAGGAGAUUGUGGUGGUCAUCGGGUUGAACAAGCAACUGACACCAGAAACCUGGGUACGCUACUCCAACCCCCGUAACGUCAUCUUGCACAAUGGGUUUGAUGAGGAAACAGGGGCAAAUGAUCUUGCGUUGGUGCGGGUGAGUGAGCGCAUCAUUUUCGGGAAGUACGCCAUGCCUGUGUGCUUUCCCAACAAUGAGAUCUUCUUUGGGAAUACCUGGCUGAACUGUCGAAUCACAGGAUGGAUGAAGACGGGUGAAGACACGACCGAUUCAUUGCAGGAUGCACCUAUAAAGAUCAUCUCCUUCAGAGAAUGCAAUACCACAGUUUUUGGUGGCAAUCUCCAACCGACAAUGAUGUGCAUGGAAUUCGAAGAAAAUGAGCGCAUUGGUUGUCACCUGGACAGCGGUGGCCCUCUCGUUUGCAAAGUUAAUAGCACGCAGCAGUAUUUCUUAAUUGGGGUUGUCAGUUGGAUCACUGAUUAUGAGAAACGUUGGCCUGGAGUCUUCACUGUGACCAAGUCGUACCUGAAUUGGGUUGAGCACAUCACUGGGCGGUAUGGCAAGAAGUUCAAUUACAAGGAGUACGGGGCAGACUUGGUCAAUCACCAUCACAGAUCCAUGAUAAGGCUACUGGCACAAAAUGCAAGUACCCAGAAUGCACAAAACCACUCAGGUACGAGCUUGGCCAAUCCAGGAUUGACAAUUUCGACCAGCACCAAACUCCCACAGACACUGAAACUGACUGCAACUGGGAAUAUCUACACUGCUUCGAUGGUUGGAAUUGUGCUGGUCCAUCUCCGCUCCUUGCUGGUCACUAUACUGGCAGCUUGA